CGCCCCAGUCUAUCGUCCCACGUUUAAGGUCGUUGCUAUGCAAAAGAAAAAGGAUGGCAACCACCUGGUCUAUGAACAACAGCUAACUGUACCCGUUACCCUAGCAACUGUCGUAAACAACUCUUCGCUAUUAGCUGUUAUAGGGAUUCACCUGUGCCAAGUGAUAAUUGAAAUUGACGCCAAGUCUCGGCGCUAACAGAGCGUAGCUUUUCGAUCAUGUUCGAUCAAGCUCAGACGAGAUUUCCCCGCUCAAACCUUUCCCCAUUCAUAUUCACGGAGUGCACGCUAUCCCAGUCAGCUGUUGUCGAUUUUCUUGACAAUAUGCGGAGGUCAUCGUGACGAAACGAGAGGUCACGGGCGGGGGUCGCACGCGACUGGCAGAAAACACGUGAAAACUACAUAUUCCAACCUAACGCUGCUGUUGUUUCGGAUUGUGAGUUUCGCUGCUCCUCUGUUUGCCAAGCAAGCACGUUGAUCGGAUUAGCUCGGCCAACACACAACAAAGUCGGCCGUGUAUGGAUUACCUCCCCUGUAAGAACACACGGGAAUUGUGUCGGGCGUGGCAACUGUUUUGGUACCCUACUAAAGUUGGAAGGAGGAUAAUGACAGAUAGUCGACGAUGUCGAAUGUGUUGUGUAUUGUCAUCGUUGUUGCCGUCGGACUGUCGUCAGCACUAGCUCAAAUAAGGCGAUGUGCUGACAACCCAGGCCCCUGCCCCAACACCCAGUACUGCCUCGACAAGAACGACGGCACCGGCGUCCUGUGUGUGGCAUGUGAUGCGGCUUGUGAUGGAUGCACGGGUCCGAACGGAGAUAACUGCCGCGCAUGCGCCCGUGGAUACAUCCGGAUGGGCACGCUCUGCCGACGAUGCGGCAGUAACUUGUACGGGGUGAACUGCACGGGCACCUGCCAUUGUCUGAACCAGGAACUGUGUCGUACAACGGACGGCUUCUGUGAGGGGUGGAAGUGUGCCAGGGGGUGGAAGGAACCGCCCUUCUGUAAAGACGCAUGUGACAACAGCACGUUUGGCCUUGACUGUUCACUGAAGUGCAACUGCGUGGGACAAGCUUCAUGUGACCCUGUCAACGGUCUGUGUCCUGGAGGAGUGUGUCACCCCGACUACGGAGGACCGAGCUGCCAAAUACGCCUGCCAAAGCUGGUCAAUCCCCCAUCAGCAGUGUCCGUGGGAUGUCAGAGGGCAAACAUCACGUGGCCGGCUUGGAACGAGGAAAUAGAUAUCGGAGAAGGACCUAUAGCAAACUACAGACUUUACCGGAAGUUGAACAGCAGCCUUACGUGGGAGUUCGUGACGACGAGGGUGAGCCAGGCGGGACGGACAGGAUACUACCACUAUAUGCUUGACCUGCAACGUGAUGGGCAGUACAGGUUCAGAGUGGACAUACAGAGGGACGACGGCGGCAAGCCCAUGACUGCAUCUUCUGGUUUCCCCUCCGACCUCGUCUACAUACCUUGCACAUCGUCCACAGAACCUCCCCCGACGACAACAACAACGAGGUCUAUCAUAGGUCUGAAGGUGUUUGACGUCGUAGAACCCUUGUUGCUGCCUGGCGGUACCGUCAGGAUGUCGUGGACGUUGACGAGAAACGCCACGAGUCUGGGCAUCGUCUACAACAUAACGCUGUACUACCAGGAAGUCGGGAUCGGGGACUGCGCUGUGGUCGACGGUGCUAUCACCGUGGUUCCGGUUACGCACACUUCCGGUUCCGGUAGCGUGAACAUCAGUGACCUUGACCCCUGGCGUGUGUACUCAUUUACCCUCGAAGCCUUCGGGGAGGCUCUGAACAUCAGUGACGUUUUGGACAGAAGGAUAUCGACUAGAGAAAUAGCUCCCAAUGGUACUGUGUCUAACUUUGCGACACGUGAUCGGACGUCACGAACCGUGAUGAUCACGUGGACAAGUGUCCCUUGUUUGGAGCGAGGCGGUCGGUUCGUGCAGUACAACGUCAUGCUCAACAGCAGCAGCGGCUUGCGCAGCGACGUCAGCAACGUCACAUCCAUCAACUACGGCUUCCUAUUGCCGUUCACGCAAUACAUCGUCACGGUGACGUACCAGAACGCCGUGGGGAUAGGGCCGGUGUCUUCAGCCUUCACCUUCACCACGGAAGAGGAGGCCCCGGGACCGAUGCUCGUCACGGGAAGCAGUGUUACUGACUCCACGGUUCGUGUGACCUUCAUCCCGCCAUCCAUUACAAAUGGCGUCCUGACGGAGUACGGUCUGACGUACAGCGACAACGACACCUUCAGCACACAAAAGACCUUGACCUUCCCGGCACUUCAAACCGAGGUCACCAUCGACUCCCUUAGCGCUUUCACAACCUACUACUUCAGGAUGAGAGCUCGCACUGAGGCUGGUUGGGGCCCCUAUACAGCUGACAGAACAGUCACCACCGCAGCCCGCAUUCCAGAUGCCCCUCAGAGUCUUGUUCGCACUUACCAAAAUGAGACUUGUUUGACAGUUGCAUGGCAGCCUCCCACAUUAAAGAAUGGGGUAUUACAGAGCUACCAGGUUCGAUUCCAAAAAGGCUCCGACGACAGCAGCCCAACGGUUGACGUUGUUGAUGCCAGCACGACGUCAUACACAACCUGCGGUCUUCAGCCCGGGGUGAUGUACCUGUACUUCUUGGCUGCCAGGAAUUCUGUAGGCAACAGUACGGAGGUUUCAGGAAGCUUCUGGACAAAGCAUGGCGUUCCAAGAACACCACCGCCCCCUGUGUUCAUCAACGCCACCUACUCUACAAUGUCAGUCUACAUAGAACCAGUUCUCCCUGUUUCCGGACCAAUCACCAAGUAUCAGCUGAUGGUGGAGAAGGUCGGGUCCAGGAGAAGGCGGCAGGCAGCUGGUUAUGUAACAGCUGAACUGGAUCCCAGCGAGGUUCCGCAAAGGAGGCAGUUUGAGAUCGGAGACGGGAAGAACUACAGUGGUGUGGUGAACAGACCUUUGGAAAGAGAAAAGUACUAUAACAUAUACUAUGUAGUGGUCAGUACAUUGAACAGCGACACCAAGACGUCCUACUCAGUGAUGAAGGGCCCAAGACUGACCGCGCCUGUGUAUCUGACCACAGAGUCACCUCCCAUUGUUGCCGCAGACAAUACAGGACUUAUAGUCGGGAUUAUCGUCGCCCUAAUCCUACUGAUCAUCCUUAUUCUUGCCAUAUUAUUGUUCCUGUGGUGGCGUAGGAAAAACCGUCUUCCAGCUUACAGACCCUACGUAGAGAAAGGUUACGACUUGACAGUGGUGAAGGACGACUAUGAUCCGCUCAAGUAUUGGAACACCAUAUACUCUCUCAGAGAAAGUCGUUACAUUGUGGCCGGUAGGGAGUACCUGCCUGACGACAUGGUGACAAUGAACGGCGAUGCGACAGUUCCACCUGAAGGCGAACCUAUCACGUUUAAAAACGAGUUUAAAAGCCUUAACCAUGACUUCGGAGACCCAUGCCACGUUGCCAAAGACAGACAAAACAAACAUAAGAAUCGUUUUCCACAUCUUCUUCCAUAUGAUAAGAGCAGGGUUGCCCUGUUUCAAGAUGAGAACUCCACGAAUGACUAUAUCAACGCCAGUUAUGUGUCCGGCUACAAGAGACCCAUGGCUUACAUCGCGGCACAAAGCCCCUUUGAUGAGGAUACGGUCCUAGAUUUCUGGCGCCUCAUCUCCCAGACGAAGGUCAGAACCAUUGUCAUGAUCACAAACAUUGUGGAGGACAAUAUUGUUAAGUGUACACAGUACUGGCCGGAAAAUGGCCGUGCGUCGUACGGUUCUUUUCUACUCGAACUCCUUGAUAUUGAAUAUUUUGCGAGUUACAUCGUUCGAGUAGUAGCGUACCAGACCUCAGAUGGGCUCAAAGGUUCGGUGAAAAUGUUUGAAUUCACCGCUUGGCCAGAGCAUGGCGUGCCUUUCGACCCAAUCCCAAUACUGGAGAUGCGGCAGAAAGUACGUCGAGCGCACAUGAAUGUUAAAACUCCCAUCCUGGUACACUGUGGCACGGGCAUGGGGAGAACAGGUACCUUCAUCGCAAUAGAUGCUCUCGUUGAACAGUACAGCAAGGAAGGUCGAACAAGUCCGCGUGCAUUCAUUAAUAAGAUCCGAAAGGACCGACCCUUCAUGGUGCGGACAUUGAAGGAGUAUGUGUUUAUUUACGAAGCCCUUUUUGAACAGUUCCACGCAGGGCGCACUGUUGUUGGCUUUGACCUUAAAGAAUGGUACAGCAAACUCACUAUGAGGAAUAAGAAGACGGGUCAUUCCUAUCUCAAAGGCCAGUUCCGUUUGCUUGAGAAGUUUACCCGGAGUCCUCGACCCGAGCAGUGCCACACAGCAGUACUUCCGAUUAACUAUAACAAGAACAGAUACCCGGAUGUGUUACCGAUGGAGAUGUUUCGGCCAGUGUUAAUGACACCGGGUGGUAUUGGAAGGACGGACUACAUAAACGCUACAUUCCUAGACGGCUUUAGGUUGAAGAACGAGUUUAUCCUGACACAGACGCCGCUCCCGUCGACUAUCGUGGACUUCUGGAAGUUGGUAUAUGAUUAUGACGUCAAUACCAUUGUCAUGGUGGAAACAUUCAAACACGAGGAUGACACAUGCGCAGAGUAUUGGCCUGACGUCUCAAUGAAACCUUUUGAACCCUUUUUUGUGGAGACGACGGCAACUUAUCAGGAAAACAACGUCACAAUCAGGAACUUCAAAAUACACAAUUCCACACAGCCGAAGGAAGCACCCAAGUUUGUGCGUCAGUUCCAGUUCAAUGGCUGGGAUGAACCUAAUGUUAUUCCCACAUCCAAGACCCUUAUCCUUGACCUCCUUGACCUCGUGACCGAUUGGCAGCACGUGACCAAUGAGAACACUAAGCCGAUGAUAGUGCACUGUAGAGACGGAGCGACCAACAGUGGACUGUUUUGUGCAAUCAAGGUCAUAUGUGAGAAGAUUGCCGAAGACGAGGAGGUGGACGUCCUCCACACCGUCAAACACAUGAAGCGACGUCGGGCACAAAUUCUGGCGUAUCCGGAACAACUGAGAUUCUGCUACAAGACGCUGUGGGACUACAUCAACUUGAGGCUCCCGGACAGCGGAUUCACAGAGACAUUUGGAACCAGUCUAGACCAGUACAACGGCGUUCCCAGUCUUAGUCUCACGUCAUUUUACGAUACUCUGUAUUCCAACUGAGUUACCACACAACUCGACAUCUGUUAUCUGAGUUCAGAAAAAGCGGUUCUUGAAGACAAGUGUGGCUUUUGGGAGUUUCUUCUCAAACAGAGCAGCACCACGAGUGAUUUCUUUUUUCCAUUUGUGGGAUGAUGGUACAUAUUGCACGCGAUGUUGAUGUCACAAAUAUAUUCUUGAUAGGAAAUGUGAGAACGUAUAUGACAUAUGUUAUGUAUUCAUCCCACAUGUUUUUCUUAACUGGAGUUUCCUGGCGGGGAAAGCUUCUUUCAUAGCUUCACGUAGACUUACAAUGUUCGUGCUGCUACAAGCGCUUUUGGGAGCAGGGCCAAGUGUAUUUCACACCCAACAACAGCUACUCGGGAACCAUUCACCGUUUCGCUUUCAGAACCAACUGAACGUGUAUAUUAACAGUCUUCCAAUUCUGUAUUCGAGAGAUCGCUUGAAAGUGUUGGGCAAUGUGAUUGGUUGUUGAUUUGAACCUGUGAGCUAGUUUUAUAAUCAGAUGGUUAUAAUUGUGACCACAGUCUGUAAAUACAAGGUGAUAGAGGUAGAGAGGUGAUAUGGUGGGGGAACGAGACACCUUGAGACGUCCACUCCACCUGAAUAGUGUCUCCGUACAAUCUUAUCCAUUAGAAUAUGUAAAAUAUAAAGGCUAUGUAGCGUCCUCGGAUGGAAGGUACACAGAAUGGUCGUGUGUCUCAUACACUGUCCUCUAAUGGACGAGUCUGUCCUCUGAUGGAGUAUGUCCUCUGAUGGACGAGUCUGUCCGAGUCAGUCCUCUAAUGGACGAGUCUGUCCGAGUAUGUCCUCUGAUGGACGAGUCUGACCGAGUCUGUCCUCUGAUGGACGAGUCUGUCCUCUGAUGGAUGAGUCUGUCCAAUGGUCCCAUGUCCCAUCUGUAUCUGCCAUACAUUGCCAUGGAAACCAGCGGUAACCAUAUGUUGGGGGUAAAAUCACUACGAAAUAUCAUUCCAAAUAUGCUAACAUAAUUACCAACAAUCUGAUGCAUGUAUGUAUGAACUGAUAGUACUCAGGCGUGUUGCACUGAAGCCAUUUGAAGGGUGUUGUAGUCUGACUGCAUGACUUGCCAGUCAGAUAUUUCAAAUGUGGAGAUUUGUUAACAAACAUCUAAAUCUCAUGUGAUUUAAUAUACAUAUCUUGUAUGCAUGUGGUUAUGUAUAUAUACAGUAUACGUAGCUUGCAUUUGUUUACAUAUAUAGCUUAUAGUAUUGAUUCUACAUGAAUAAACAUUCCAUUGUAUCACAGGGUUAAGGCUACAUCUUGUAAAUGCAUCUCUACAUUGAACUUUAAACAUCCCUCACAUGGGAUAAAUCAGGUCGUUAUCAUGGCUUGCCUCGAUCAUGUUAUAACUGGCCGCUUCUUGUUACCUCAUUCUGUAAAUAUCCUUCAACGAUUCCACCCAGAACAGAAACUACAAGUCGUAUAUUUUGUUCUGUGAUACACACAGACUGAGUAGUAGUAGUGAUAUUCCGGAUAUUUGUACCAACAUACGUUAUUGCCAAACCCUCUCAGUAUUCAUGAACUAGAGUUAAUAUGGUAGUUUUUAUUCUGCUUGAUUGAUGAUGUCUUACAGACGUAGGUGCUCCAUCGUGAUGUAUAUUGGUCAUAUUUACCUUCCAUGUGUGAUAUAUACUGUUUAUCUCCGUCCUGUUCAGCUGACGUCACGAAAUCUUAUACGUACAUGCGUUAUAUUUUUCUCAGCUCGUUUUGUUGAAAUAAAUAUAUCUCUUCUG